GUAAGUGGUAAGUACUCGAUUGACGAAAUACAACAGCUGAGUAGAAUCGGUGUUUACUGUGAAAAAACGUGUUUGUCGGAGACAUGAAAUUUUAUCAAAGAUGGAUGAAAAAUGUAUGUGGUAUUUCCUUUUUACCAAUCUAAUUUUUCAACUGACUUUUCCCGGGAAUUUUCAGAUUCUUUUUCUUGAAUUGCACCCGGUAUAAGAAAAAGAAAUUUGAAUAGGGUAUAUUCUGCUUAGGACCAGUUCAGAUUGCAAAUGACGACCAUAAGGAUUUAGUCAAUGUGUCGCUGACUGGCAGUUGUGACAAUGGGGACUAUUGUUUUCUCAGUUGGAAAUAAAAAAACAUAAAAAGAAGUGCAUAUAUUAUUCAUUGGAUGUUAUUGAUAUUGUGAAGUUGUCAGAGAACUUACAAGUCAACAGGGAACAGUGCUCAGAAUUUUCGAAUAUUUUCUCAAUUUUGUACAGGCUCUAUGGCCAAGUUGUCACAUGUGCACACAUUAACUUGUACCCAACUUGACAAGGGGUACUUGGGACCUCCAGUGGGUCCAAAACAAAACUUUGGUGUUGAACCAGGGGGCAAAGUCCCUGGAAGUUCCUGCGUGUGAGAUGACUGAAGUAACCGCUUCACAAGCAGCAGAUUUAGAGACCAGUUCUGGAUUAUCUGUGGUACAUAUGCCCUCACUAAACCAACCAAUACAAGUUCAGUCUGUCAUUCAUUCCAACACACCAUCAGUCAUACAGACCGCUGGGCCAAAUGUACAGACCAUCCAAGUAGUUCGGGUGGCUCCAGUAGAUGACGAUUUGUCUGAUGAUUCAGAAAGCAAGAAAAGGCGGGAAAUGCUCUCAAGGAGACCAUCGUACAGGAAAAUUCUGAAUGAGCUCUCAUCACCUGUGGCAGUAUCAAAGAUAGAAGAAGAAUCUAACAGCAGUCAGAGUCAGGACGGAGACUCGGGUGAGGGUGCCUCCAACAUCUCCGGGGUCCAGUAUCAGCAAGUUCUUCCUGCAGGGACGAUACAAAUUGCCAACUCCGACGGAGUAGCGGUGUCCCAGGGUUUACAGACGCUCACAAUGACCAAUGCCAACCCUUCCACCACCUCUGCUGCCACAGGUGCCACUAUUGUACAGUAUGCACAGGGGCCAGAUGGACAGUUUUAUAUCCCUGAUAUGUCAGGAACAGUGCAGGCCUACCAGAUUGCCACAUCAGGGGCAUUACCCCAGGGUGUUGUCAUGGCAACAGCAGGAAGUGCCAUGUCAAGUCCACAGAAUUUGUCUGAGGAAGCUUCAAGGAAGAGAGAAUUGAGACUACUGAAAAACAGGGAAGCAGCCAGAGAGUGCCGGAGAAAGAAGAAAGAUUAUGUGAAGUGUUUGGAAAACCGAGUAGCAGUUUUAGAAAAUCAAAACAAAACAUUAAUUGAGGAACUGAAGGCACUGAAAGAAUUGUACUGUCAGAAAGAGGGCUAGUGAAGGGCCACACAGAGACAACUGGGAAUUGUUACUGCGUUGAAAGUGCUAUGAUGGACAAUGCAUUGAGGCGUUAUUGAAGUGUCUGCGUCGAGACAUACUGACCCAGAAUGUAGAGACCAAGAGACUUGCAUAGUCAAUAUUUUUGUACAGAUGAGAAUUUGAAGCAAGGGAAAGCAUUUAUUUCAUCAUGCAUACAUAUAUCUUUCAACACCUUACAAAGCAUUUAGUGUAAUAUGCCAGUUUUUUUUAUGAGAGUAUGUCUGCCUUUUGAUGAAAUAGAGGUUAAAGAAUGGGUUUUCUUGCUUAUAAUUAUUAGAAGAUCUCAUGUGUUUUAUAUUCAUAAUACUUAUGUUACAUUAUGUUUCAUGUGCAGCUUUGAGAAAACUGUUAUUGUUGCUAAUUGCUCAGAUUUAUAGCAAAUAUUCCUCCUUUGUCUGUUAAUCCUUGCAGAUUUGGAUAAAUGCAUGGUGAUUUCAUUUGUUGGUAUACAAUAGUGGGAAAACUCUAAACUACUCCAUUAUUUAGUUUUACAACAUGCUGGCCUGUGAUAGACCUGGGAAUAUUGUUUGUGAAUACAUGUGGCGACGUCUACAUCUACAGGAAUGUAACAUAAACGUGGCAUUAACCAGUCCAUCACAGACGGGUUGUAUUAGAUGUAUUGCAUACAGAUUUCGUUGGUUACUUUAUGUAGCAAUGAUGUGGGUUUGGUUUUUUUUUUAAAAAAAAAAAACCUAUUACGCAGAGAGCAUGCCUAGCACACCUGUGCACACAGAAUUUUGAUCAUGAGUGACAAGUUUUAGUCCAAAUGCAUCGACUGGGAAGAAGAAUUGUGCCUGAACGUCUUCUUUGUUUUAUAUACUGAAUACAGAGUUUUAUAUACAGAAUAAUACAUGUUACACUCUGAUCAAAAUUGGAUUGUAAAUUGGAUGAAAUAAGGACCGUAUCAUUCUGUGUGUGUUAUGUGUUGAUAUGAUUUUUGUACUGGUGACCAGAUACUUGUACGUGUUGUGUUUUUACUGUUUCAGUAUCCGCCUCUCUUCUUUUUAUCUAACAUACAUUGGGUUUUUUUUUCAGAAAAACUGAAAAUGUUUUGUGACACAUCUUGUGUUUUUAUUUUUAAAUCGGAUUUUGAAUUAAUUAGACAUCAGCUUUGGUUUGCUGAAUUUGAAUGUUCAACACAUUGCCUUCCGUCUUGAUUGUCCAUACAUUUUUAAGACAGUGUGCCCCGAAAUAUUUCUGCUUUUAAAAACUGGUGAAUCGGAGAUAUUACUUCUCGUAUUGAAGUCAAUUUUUUUUUAUGACUUAAGCACUUUUGCAAAUUCGUAGAUAGGUAAGUUAAUUGAAAACCAUUGACACCUACUCAGUUUGUGAACUGUGUCCCCUUCCCUUAAUGGCAGCACUCUUAAUGAUUUUAAAUAACUUUCUUCCAUUGUUAUCCAGGACCAAAAACAUGUAGUUACUAUAGGUCAUUAUGUACUUUACAUUGAAAAUAACAGUGAUGAUGUACAGUACAAUGUCUGAAUUAGCUAUAGGAAACGUUAAGAAAGGUGCCAGUUGCCGCUUGGAUCAACAAAUUACAGCUUUAUCCCUUUGAUUUUCUUUUAUAUCAAGUUGUAAACAGUUUCAUUGUCUGAGGUGCAAAUUAUCAAACCGUUGCUACUGAAGUGUGUGAAAACUUUGUGUUAUAGGAGAAAUUUAUUAAUUUUUUUGUGUAAGAACAGGCCAUAUUAAGCAAGUAUCUAUGUGUUUGGUACAAAUAUUUGUUAAAUGAAAACAGUUUUUGAUAUCUUGGACAACAUUUUUGUCCUUUGAUAUUGUUACAUGUUAUGAAGAGAGUCACUUAAUAUUUUGAUAUAAAUUAUGUAAAUAAACA